AUGCCUAAAAGUAAAACUUUACAUAUCCUAGCAAAGUAUGAAACGACAAGUCAUAUAUGUAUGUCACAAAUGUUGGAUGGCUGCAGAGAGAGCUUCUGUCCACAUGACCUCAGGCUCGUCAACAUCAUUCAGACAAGACAAUCCUCAAAUAUAAUAGAACCAGAACAACAAGAUCUUCCUGAGGUGUCUCCAAAUGCAGGAGUUGGCAGCAACCAACCAGUACCUUCUAUUGUUUUGUCUGAGUACAUGAGAGCUAUUGAAACUGAAAGAAGAAUGACCCGUAAAGUGGCAGAUAAAGAUAUAGAACAACUUCUGGUAGCUUUGGAAGAUGGAAAUAUUACUGAGGAUGGCCUGGAAGAUGAAAGUGAAGAUAAAGAAACCUUUUUCGCUAAUGCAAGAGAAAUAUUUCAAGAGUUGGAAGACGAGGAUGCAGAGGACCAUGAAGAUCCUACCUAUAGUGAUCCACCACUAGUUCAAGAUUUGCCUGGCCCAUCAAGUCAAAUUUUUAUUUCAUUACCCAUGCAAGAAGCGUCGGAUCAGUGUUGCGCGCGCCAGCGCCGUGUGUACACGCGCCCAAAGUGGUUCCCGGGUGUUUUUAACCCCACGUUGUAUGGGUCGUCGUGA